UUCUCCAUGGUUACUGUUGCCCAACGGCUCUAUUCAGACGGCUCUCUGUCAACGACCGACUGUUAGCUCCUUCAGUAGACAGAUUUUUAAUAACAAAAUACCAUAAGUUACAAAUAAUAUAACUGUUACCUAGCGCUACAUACAAGUCAAUUUAUUUUAUUUCGCAACAACUACGAGAAAAAAUAAUCCGAGGUAUCGAAGCGUUCUUGAAUCAUCCCAGUGAAGUAACAUGGUUAAAGAUAAGACGAAGAACUUACGGGUGGAGUGUCUAAAAAGUUCAUCUCCUGGACGAGGCAAUGGAGAAGAAAGCUCUCAGAUGUGGAAGGAGAGCGUGGAUAAAAUGAAUCAUGGGAACGUCCUCACCCAUGGCCUUCGUCAUGUCCUCCACCUCUCCUGUAAAGACCCUGUUUGUCACAUGACCUGUGGUGAGGGUGCCGCAGGCUUCGCUAGUCUCCACUGUAGCAGUCAUGUGCGGUUCUAUUAUCCUGAUGGCCAUCUUAAAGAUCUGUCUUUUCGUCAAUCCCUCACCAUCCACUAUGCUGGACUCACCUCCACACAUCUGCCAGGCAGACUGGUUGGCUGGGGACCUGGGGCCAUUCUCACAGUACUAGAUGCAGAACUGAAUCCUCUGGUUCAUGCUGUAGAACCCAUGGAUGUGAGAGUGUGCAAGAUUUUGGAGCACUCUAAUGAGCUUGUCACAGCUGGAAUGGGAAAUGUAUGUGUGUGGUGCCUUACACACUUGAUAUGUCGCAAACGGGUGGUGGAGGGUUUGGGGAAACACAUUGUUUUCACACAUCUAGCACUGGUGCCGAGCAGGACUGAGCAGGGUCUCAGAGCACUGGCUGCAUAUGGACAAGCUGUGGUUGUGGUGGACCUUACAAAGGGAUGCAUUGUGGAUCACAAGAAGAACCUCCAUUCAAGGGAAAUCACAGGGAUGGUCUACUGUCCCCUUAGGGAUAUUGUAGUUACUGCAUCAGAUAUGACAAUCCGAGUGUGGGGACUAGACUGGGAGCUUCAAAUGGCCUUUGUGGGACAUACAGCUCUGGUCACAUCCCUAGUUCUGUGUCCUGUCUCUGGCCUGUUGUUGUCUUCUUCUCUUGAUGGUACUUUGAGAUGCUGGAGGCCAGAAGUUGGAGACCAGAUCCAGAGUGUAUCCAUUCCUAGGGGGUGCUUACCUCCUCUAUUCCUGGGAGGCCCAGACAGUGCAGGCACCUUUUUCUCAUACUCCACCAACAGUGUGGACUUCUGGACCUUCAACUGCCUCUACAAUCUACACUGCAGACUGGACGGGUUCCUGGAAGGUCCUGUCCGACAAAUCUUGACCACACUAAGCCCCCCUUCCUUCCAAGCCUGUGUAGUUUGUAUCCAUGGAAACAGCAAUAUUACAGUUGUUGAGGCAGAGACAGGUGCUGUGCUCACUAGAUUCCAAGCCAAUGGAAGAGUAAGGUGUGCUGAUUACUGUGUGCCUAAGGAGCGCCUAUUGGUCCUCACUGAGGACGGGGUGGUAUCUAUUGUAAGUACUUUGACCAGUCCAGUAACAAUACUGGAUGAGUGGCAUGGGAUAGAGCAUUGGGAUUGGCCAGGGGGGCAGGUGGAGGCAAAUAUAGGCAUGGUGUGCUGCAUGGUGUUAUACAGUGACGUUAUAGAUACACCAAGUGGGCAGGAAGAAUGGAGAUCCUUACAGAUGCAAAGAGCACAGAAGCCAAAAAAGAUAAAACUUCUACGUGAUGCAAAAAACAGGUUUCUGAUUAUACUGGGCCAUUGUGGUGGUUGUGUGUCUGUACUCAAUAUGCUUUCAGGCAAAGUCCAGUUCAGAACUUCUGCUCAUAACAACCAAAACAUCAGCAGCAUGCAGGCACACCCCAACAGUGGCUACCUACUGACUGCAGGUGAAGAUAAAGCUCUGCUGGUUUGGCGUGUGUUCCCAUGUGCUCAGCAGUGUUUGAGUCUCCAUUUCAGCUUGUUGUGUGAUCUGCCUCCUAUUUUGUUGGCACUAAUGGGAACCCAACUCACCCUUGCUUUACAAGAUCCAGAAAACGACACUUAUAGCAUGGUGCAGUACAGUUUAGAGAGCCAAAGCCGAUCUGACCAGCAACCUAAUGAAGAGCAUCACAACAAAAUCACAGGGCUCUGUGCAUGUUAUCAGCUGAGCGUGUUUGCUUCAAGCAGUCAGGAUGGGACUGUACGAAUCUGGGAUAUGGAAAAUCGCCUUCUUAGAAUUCUGGAGCUGAACGCAGAGCCAGAGUGUUUGGCAUACUGUGAGGGUGGAGACCUGCUAUUAGGCAUCACAGGAGACCUCUACCGAAUCCCACACACACAGCUACUUCCUCCCGACUGCAGGACACAAAAAUGUGAUCCUGACUCUGAAUUACCCAAAUCCUGGAUCCCAAUCAUGAGCCACAAAUGCAGGACAGAGAGUUGCCAUGUUGCUAAGAAGGAUGGUCCUGAAAGGCUCGACAAGAUAAAAGAUUCAGAUUUUGGGGCACUCGUGGCAAGACAUAAAGAUCUGGAAUCCUUGCAAAAAGGAGAGGUUGAGUGCAGAAGGAGACAACCAGCCACCAUACAAACCAAACAAGAGGCUUUCAAUAAUUACCUGCGUCUGAUUUACAGGCAACCCCCUGAUAUGAGACUGAUCGAACUAGAUGAAGUGCAACUCUUGUAUACUAAAGAGGAGGAUGAGAAGGGGAGGGAAGAGGCUGACAUUCAUCUUAUAACCAUCAUAGAGACUCCAUCUACAAAGAAGAGCCCUCUUCCACCCACAACAGCAGCAAAGAAACUCAGAGAAAAAAUAUACCCUCCACCAAAGCCCCUUCCACCAAUAGACCGUCGUACACCCCCUCUGACUCCACCCUCCGAGUCUGCACCACCUUCACCACCCCUUGCCCCACUCACCCCUGUACCACCCUCACCCAUCAUAGAGACUCCAUCUACACAGAAGAGCCCUCUUCCACCCACACCAACAGCAGAUAAACUCAUAUACCCUGUUAGAAUGUUUUUGUGUUUUUAUAAUAAUUGUAUUCACACACAAUUUUUGAGUAGAAUAACAAAACUCAUAUAGUGAUUUAUUGUGUGUAGAGUUUACUGCUGUUGACUGUUUUGCAUAAAAGUGUGGUUACAUCAGCAAAAUUUUGCAGGCAAAUAAGACAUUGUCCAUUGUCAUUAGCAUACCUAUUGAGGUAAAACUCACAAAGAAGCAAAACUCACAAGUCACUUUCAAACCAUGCAGCUUUCUGUUGGUGAUCAUGGUAAAUUCCAGUUGAAAUUAUAUUUUGUCUGCAAAAUUUUGCUGUGCAAUGGUAAAUGUAACCACUUUAAGAAAGGUAUGGAAUGAUGUCACAUAACCACUUAAUUGUUUUCUCUUUUUUUUUUUUAAUUUAUGCUCACUCUUCACAUCCA